AUGGGACCUACGGGAUUUCAAAGGGAAGAUGAAGCCCGGCACGGUCUCCACCUGAGGUCCAAGAAAAAGAAAAGGGGUGGCGCCAAGCACAAGAAAAAGGUCGGCCGACGCUCAGGUGUGGCAAAGCGCCUUCACAAGGUGGCGCACGCGGCGGGGUCUGCGUAUUCGCGACCUCGCGCGGGUAGCCAGAAGGCGCACAAGAAGGGUAAGAAGAAAAAGCUUAAAAAGAAGGUGUACUCUUGGUCCAUCAGCCGGAAGAGCCGUAACCAGACCAAGAGAGCCUCCAACGGGAAUGGUUGGAACCUUAACCAAAUGGCAGGAGCGUUUGCCAUCCUGAUGGCUUUCCCGGUUCUGAAGGAGUCAGAAGAAGUGGUCGCGGUCACUUCGGAGGCCAUCCAGGAUGCGAUCUCCACCACUGUGGAAACCUACCAGGAGAUCGUGACAGAAGGCGGAAAUCAGCUCAAGAUGCUGAUCGCCGCCGCAGGCAUCGCCCUCCAGGUAAUGAUGACCUGGUACCUGUCCAGUAAGGUUCUGAACUUUUGGUGCCGCUAUGGCCACGGGAAUACGGACAAGGCCCAUCUCGUGGAACUGCGAGGAGAGGUCACCUUGUGGGACGUGGCCGGCACCAAGGGUCUUCACAGGGUGCGGAUAGCAGGUCGGCAGGCAGGGUGCGCUUGCCGGACGUUCUUGAGCAAAGGAAGCUGCCCGCACACCCAAGCAGCCUUGGCAGCGCUGACUGCGCUUCCAAGUAGGCCAGAACAACCCGUCGCUGUGCGACGCGGCCAAGCAGCAUUGGGCCAAGCAGGCUCUGUGGCUAGCUUUUCUGGCUGUUUCCAAGGACUGGUCGGAAAGGCCAAGCAGCUGACAGUGAGCGCUGCGUCCGCCUACCCAACGGCCCAGGAGGCCGCAAGGAGUUCAGAAAGGGAUGAUGGUGCGUUCAAAAGGAAGGUCAUCAGGGAAUCCCUCAGCCUCGAUACUGGGUUGGUCGAAGAAAGGCCUGAGCAAAGCCUGUUGGCGCUGCCCGAACAUGCCCACCACAGUGGAGACGGAGACCAAGCCAAGGUAGUGUUCCUGAAGGAUGGCGAGGUCUUUGAAUGGAUCACGAUCAAUUUUAGCAAGCUGGGCAAGGGCAGCAAGGCUUGCAUUAGGGCCUACAGUUUCGAUCAGCCGGACGUCGUGGAAGCCGUUAGGUCAGCAGCAAGCCGUGGCUGCGAUACCUACCUAGUCUGCGAUCGUUCGCAGGCGUCCGGAAAAACCAAACAGCAGCUUCAGGUCCUGAAAGAAUUGAGAAGUGUAGGGACCAAGGUGAAACUGGCUUCGGGUCUAGGCGUCAAUCAGGCCUACCGCAGUGAUGGUCGCUCCGUGCGCGUUGGCAGCCGACUCCAAGGGCUUCAUCACGCGAAGAGCGUCAUGAUCUGGUGCCACCCUGGAGACAAGGUCGAUAUGUUGGUUGGAAGUUGUAACUUCACCACGAGCUCGAAGGCCAACAAGGAAGCCAGCAUAGGUAUCAGCGUAAACUUUGGAACAGAGCUGGUCCGUCGCUGGGAGUCAGCCUUCGAAGAAGCAUUUGAAAAUGGUUCGAAUAUCGACCAGUUCGAGACAGAGCAAGGCUUCGACCGGCGCAGGGUCGGCACAGCCAGUUCAGAUUUCCUCACGGAGUCGGACCAGACCACUGCCACCGAAGUGGUCAUGUUCUUAAGAGAGCUGAUCGCUAAUUACACUGAUAUGAGGAUGCCGAUCCUUCAACGCUUGGCCGAGUGUAUUGGAGACGUUUCGCAGUCGCGGGUUUUGCGUGGCUGCCUAUGGCUCUUCGGAGAAUACUGUGAGGACCAGGCUCUGAUCGAGAGUGUGAUCCAGUCUGUGCUGACGUCCUUAAGGCCGCUUCCACUGGUGCUAGACGAUGGUUCCCAGAAAGAGAAGAAGGAGACAGGUCCUGGUGAGAAGAAGAAGGAGAAGAAAGCGCCCAAGAUCACCACAAAAACCGUGGUGUUGGCGGAUGGCACCUAUGGCACGCAGAACGUUUACGAGGGUGACGAAGGCGAAGAAGAAGAGGAAGCGUCCGAAGAGAAGGGUAAGGCCGACGUCAAGAAGACGGCCUUCCGAACUCUUCUACUAGGCGGUGAUUUCCUCCUCUCGGCCAUGGUUGGAGUUUCAUUGACAAAGCUUUGUCUGAAACUCAAGAAUUUGCCGGUGACCUUGCGGAACGAGGUGUUGCUAGUCAUUGUGAACAUCCUGAAGUUGGUGAAAAACCAUGUCUGCGGUGGGGAGAAGUGCGACAGUGCUGUGCGCCUGAGUCAAUGCAUUCGAGCCUUUGCGGUGCUUGGCAAAUCGCAGCUCCCCCCCGCGCAACUGGCGGCAGCUCAGCUGACCCAAAGCGACUGGAGCGGCAGCCAAGGGCGAGCGCAGCUGGCCAAGGUGCUAGAGCUGGCCAGUCAAAAUGCUGAAUGGGCGUUGGGACAGGAAGAGGAGGUACAGGAAAAGAGUGUCUCCCCAGACGAGUGCAUCGUCUUUCGACAACUUCGAGAAAGGAAGGGCGGCGCUGGACCUGCAGGUGGCAUGGAUGACGACGAAGAUUACAACGCUGCUAGGGGCGCCACCAUCGCCCAAGCGGCAGCGGAUGGAGCGCUCUUCGCGGAGCGUUUGGCAAAGGUACAACAGAUGACGGGCUUGGCUGACCCUGUCUAUGUGGAGGCCUUCCUCCAGGUCCACUCUUUCGACCUGAUGUUGGAACUCCUGGUGGUGAAUCGAACCAACGAAACCUUGCAGAAUGUUUUGGUGGAGCUCAGUACACAGGGUGACCUCAAGAUCGUGGAUCGGCCUUCAGCGGUGACGCUUUCUGCAGGUCAGCAAAUGACCCUGCAUGCGUCCAUCAAGGUCGCGUCCACAGAAACUGGCAUCAUUUUCGGAUAUGUGACCUUCGAAAAGAAAAGUGCCGCCGACAAGGAGUGCUCUGUGCUGAAUGAGCUGCAUGUGGAUAUUUUAGAUUAUAUUGAGAGAUCCUGGAUUAACGAGCUGGCCUUCCGAACCAUGUGGUCAGAAUUUGAGUGGGAGAACAAGGUCAACAUCAACACCUCCAUCACCGAGGUGGGAACCUUCCUGGAACACAUUAUGCGAAAUACCAACAUGUCCAUUGUGGGCAGAAGCUACAAGAAAACUGGUGACAAGAACCAGAAAAAGGGCAAACUCACUGCAGAAGAUGUGCAAGAGAUGUUGCGGGAUGCAGUUGGGAUCAAGAAGCUCAUUGACACCUCCAGCUUUGUGGCCGUGAAUCUCUAUGCCAAGUCCAUUUUCGGUGAGGAUGCGCUUGCGAACAUCUCCAUCGAGAAGCUUCCUGACGGGAAGCUCACAGGUAGCUGCCGCAUUCGAUCACGCACACAGGGCAUUGCUUUGUCCUUGGGCGAUCGCAUCACCAUCGUCCAGAGGGGCGUCCAAGUGUCCAAAGAAUGAGUUCUGCCGAGCCGAAUCUGGCUGGUCUUUCAAAGGCUGCGACCGGUGAGGCAAAGGCAGAGAGAAAA